GAUGGGUCCGAGUCUGAGGGGUACGCUGAAUCUGGAUACGAUGUUUUCGACAACGGGAAACCCAUGACUGAGUGGACUGGAGAAGACUUCCCGAGAAAGAAAUUCAAAAUACACAAUGGUCUCAACACGAUACUUCAAAGCUACGCAGACUGUCGACGAAAAAUUUUUGGUUAUCAGAAGCACCACGACAUAGACGAUAGCGAGGCUACAGAAGACGACUUAAAAGCGGAGACGGUGGAAUACGAUACCGUGGAUAUGGAAGAUGUUUGCUGCGAUGGCACUGCUGGUAUCAGUGGUCUCAUCUUCAUUCUUCUCAUCGAUAUAGCAUACGUAGCCUAUGCUACGGUCUGUAACCAACUCGCGACAGAGGAUGACAUCCGGCUGCUAUGGCUAUCCGUAAUCGUGUGGCUAUUUAUCCUUGUCAAAGUUUAUAGGAGACUGGCUCGUCUAGGUAGACGUCGGGGAGGGUGUUUUGCACCCUUCAAUUCCUGCCAAAGGGCCGUCAAUAAGGGCUGGAAGCGUUUCCUGUAUUGCUGCCAAGCUCCCUGGCAUGCCUGUUGGGCACGUGCCAAUGGUAGCGAAAAAAGCGUAAGGAGGAAAAAGCGUCUAACAAUCAAUAUCAUCGUCAUAACUCUAAUGCUGAGCUUUGUCCUCCUCUGUCUCAUCUUCUUCGUCAUACUCAAAGAUUUCCGUAAUCUGAUUUCCAUUUCUGGCAUGAUUCUGCUGAUUUUGCUAUGUGUCGCGAUAUCAUGGAAUCCAGGAAGUAUUAACUGGCAACCCCCACUGGUUGGCCUCUUCAUCCAGCUUCUUUUCGCUGUGCUUACACUACAGACCAGAGCGGGUUUUCUGGCUUUUCAGUUCCUAGGAGAUCGAAUGGCCCAAUUCCUAGAAAACAGUCUUGCCGGUUCCAAUUUACUCUUCGCAGAUUAUGACUGCUUUGCUUUUAAAGUGCUUCCUGUGCUGAUCUUCUUCUCCUCUUUCAUCUCUGUUAUGUUUCACCUGGGCAUCAUCUCUAUUCUGAUAGACAAACCAUCAAUUGUGGUCACAAAGCUCAUGGGAACCACUGGUCCAGAAACUCUUAACGCCAUUGCGAAUAUGUUUGUUUCAAUGUAG